AUGUAUAACAAGCUGCUAGUCUUGGGCCUGACGGCCGUGUCUUUGGUAUCCUCUGCGCCAGUCGAGCAGCGUGCUUGUACUGGUCCAAAUAUCAACGCCGCCACCAUCGCCCUCAUCAAGGAAUUCGAGGGCUUCGUCGCAUCACCUGCUCCUGAUCCUAUCGGUCUUCCAACCGUCGGCUACGGGCAUCUUUGCCAAACUUCAGGAUGCGGGGAGGUGCCGUACUCGUUCCCACUCACUGAAGCUUCAGCAACCAGCUUGCUCUUGAGCGAUGUCAUAUCUUUCCAGCAAGGCGUUACCCUUACUACCAAUUCUGGGGUUGUUCUCAAUGAGAAUCAAUACGGCGCUCUCGUGUCCUUCUCCUUCAACGUCGGAAACGCCAAUUUUGCAAGCUCGACAUUGCUUCGACGAAUGAAUGCCGGAGAGGAUGAGUUGACGGUUAUCGAAGAAGAGCUUCCCAAGUGGAAUAAGGCGGGCGGGCAAGUCUUGCCCGGACUUACAAGGCGUAGGAGUGCCGAAAUUGCGCUUGCUAGACAGAGCGGUGGGGCCGCGCUGCCAGUGGGCUGCUGA